GAGACAGAGAAAAGGGAGGGCGGGGGCAGCUCGCACUGCUCUAAAAGGCAGGAGGAGAUGCACGCGUGGCUUUUACCGGUUUGCAUAUGACACAUAUAAAGCAUGGCGCGGGUUAGAAGCAGAUAACUGUCGCUGAGUGUGUGUGUCUGUGUGUGUCUGUGUGUGUGUGUGUGUAUGUGUGUGUUUACUGCAGUCACUGUGGAUCUGCUGUAGCACGGGACAGGAUGGCGAGGCGCGUGCGUGAGGAGCGCUGUGUGUUCCGCGCGACAUCACCAGCACACAGCGCGUGCCCUUCCACCAUUUAUUUCAUUCUCCUUUUCCAAUGCACUGUCUUCUGCCAGAACACAGCGCACGCGGGCGUGCUGAGCAGUUUGGAGCGCUAUGAGGUGACUUACCCUCAGUGGCUGAACCCCAGAAGCAGAAGAGCAGCUCAUACACACACGAAGCAUCCUUCAGAGGUAGACAUCAAGAUUACUGCAGAGGGAAUGGAGCUGGUUCUCCAACUACAGAGAAAUGAAGAGCUCUUGGCCACCAACUAUCAAGAGAUAUGGUACAGUCCAAAUGGUUCACGCUAUUUCUCUAAGCCAUCCAGUAGGGAUCAUUGUUAUUAUCAUGGCACGGUGAGAGGAAUGGAGGACUCCAGUGUUGUUCUCAGCACCUGUUCUGGACUCAGGGGCAUGAUUGCCUUGAACCGCAGUGCAACAUACAUGAUCGAACCUCUCGCCAACCACAGCGUUUCUCAGGGCCAUGCAGUGUUCCAUGCUGAGAACCUGAAAAUGCCCAUGAGCACCUGCAGCCAAGACUAUGGAGGGGACAACCACACAGACAAGCUGGGCGAGCUGAUUGGUGGGAUUGCACAUGCCACUAGGGGGAAGAGAGAUGUCAGCCGUAGUAUGAAGUAUGUGGAGCUGAUGAUGGUGGCUGAUCACGCUGAGUUUGUGAAACAUGAUAGUGACGUGGUGAAAACCAAGACAAAGCUACUUGAAGCUGCUAACUAUGUGGACAAGUAUUACAAAGCACUGAACAUCCGGGUAGCCCUGAUCCUGCUGGAGAUUUGGAACGACGGGGAUAAGAUCAGUGUAACAGACAACCCCUACAGCACCCUGGAGGCCUUCCUGACCUGGAGGAGGAAGCAGUUGCAACAGCUGCCCAAUGACAACGCACAGCUCAUCACGGGCAUGGCGUUCCAGGGUACCACUAUAGGACUGGCUCCUCUUAAAGCCAUGUGCUCAGAAUACCAGUCAGGAGGAGUUAACUCGGACCACUCUGAAAUUGCAGUUGGGGUCGCUGCCACCAUGGCUCAUGAGAUGGGGCAUAAUUUUGGGAUGAACCAUGACAGUGAGGGCUGCUGCCAGGCCCUGCCAGAGGAGGGAGGAUGCAUCAUGGCUGCAGCUACCGGACACCCAUUCCCUCGAGUGUUUAACAAGUGUAACCAGGGAGAGCUGAAGCGCUAUCUGAGCUCAGGUGGUGGAAAAUGUCUGUUCAAUCUACCAAACACCCGGGUCAUGUACGGAGGCCAGCGCUGUGGCAACGGCUACCUUGAGGAGGGGGAGGAGUGUGACUGUGGAGACGUGGAGGAAUGUUCCAGUCCAUGCUGUAACGCCAAUAACUGCACGCUGAAGGCGGGUGCUGAGUGUGCAGAUGGAGUCUGCUGUGAGAACUGCAAGUUGAAAAGUCCAGGAGUGCUUUGCCGUGCUCCCUCAGGUUCCUGUGACCUGCCUGAGUACUGCGAUGGUAAAUCAGAGUCCUGCCCUGCUAAUUUCUACCUGGUGGAUGGCAGCCCCUGUGCACAUGGCCAAGCUUACUGUUACACAGGCAUGUGCUUGACCCUGGAGCAGCAGUGCCUCUCUCUCUGGGGGAAAGAUGCCCGAACUGCUCCGGAUCUGUGCUUCACUGAGGUAAACAGGGCUGGAGACUCCUAUGGAAACUGUGGCAAAAACCUCAUGGGUAAAUACAGGAAGUGCAAUGAGAGGGAUGCUAAAUGCGGCAAGAUACAAUGUCAGAGUUCUGCUACCAAGCCCAUUGAAGCCAACGCAGUCUCCAUCGACACCACCAUCCGCCGUGGUCAGCGUCAGAUCCUGUGUCGAGGUACACAUGUCUACCGGCCUGGCAAGGGAGAGGAGGAUCUGGGAGACAUGCUCGACCCUGGGCUAGUUAUGACAGGAACCAAGUGUGGGGACAAUGCGGUUUGUUUUGGCGGGGAGUGCCGCAACGCAUCCUUCCUGCAAGCGGAUGAGUGCAAUGCCAAGUGUCACGGUCGUGGGAUGUGUAACAACAAUCAUAACUGCCACUGUGACACAGGCUGGGCACCGCCUUACUGUGACCAAGCAGGAAAUGGCGGCAGCGUGGACAGUGGUCCUGUGACCACAAAAAGCAACUUAUUUGCUCUCCUGGUGCUCAUCCCUGUGGUUCUCUCCUUGGGAUUGGGAAUUCUGUUCCUCUGCUGGUGCUACAAGCGGAAGUUGCAUUCUUUUAAAGACGUGGCUCACCGCCCUCAUCAGAGAUCCAUUAAUGUCCCAGCUUCAUCAGACUCCAAAACUCUUGCUAGUGGUCACGCCAAUCCAACAUUCCAGCUAAAGAAACCUAAUACAGACAAUACGGAGGCUAGCCAGCAGCCAAAUCCUACUGGCACACCGAGAUCGAGACAUUCCACUGUCCAGCCAGUGGUCAAACCACCGCCAGUCCCAGCAUACGCGCUACAGAAGAAGAGUCCUCCAGUCUCAGAGACCAGCUCCAGCUCUUAUCCAUCUCCAUCUGUGGCAUCAAAACCUAGACCAAACCCUCCAAGCAGACCUCCUCCACCUCGUCCUGUUACCAAACCCACUCAGAUCAAAGAGGAGGACUCAUUCAGAAAAGGCCCUCAAGUAUCAUCAGCAUUGUUGCAGAAAGGGAAAACCAAUCUGACACCCCCUGCUGGAAAUCUCAGGAAUCAGACUGGAAAAAGCUGAAGCUUCGUCAGACUUGUAGAGAGAAUGGGCAUUACUUUUCUAUGCAGAGGACUCUUAAAAUGGCAUACUGGAACAACAUGCAACCUUCAGGCAUGUUUACGUCUUUAGCAGUGGCUAUGGAGACUGCCUACAUCCAACACCAUGUUUGCCUAAUACACUUGAAUCCUAAAGUGUAAUAUACUUGUUGCAUUUAACUAACUGUUUUGGUACUGUUCCGAUGUUCGUGUGCCAUAUUUGUACAGUUUAUUUUAUACCUAUUUAUUACAAAGCCUAUACAGGAACAAUGGACAAGGUUCUAGAUGUUGCCUUUCAGUAUGAGCAUUCAGAAUAUUCAGAAUAUGUCACGCUUAAAGUGGAUUGCACGCAGUAUUGAAAACAAUGACACCUUGUGUGAGCAGCAAGCAUUAACUGGAAUAUCAGACAUGAAUUUUGCACUUGGUAUAUGAAAAAAGGAAAUGUAUAGCAAUAAUAGUCAGGAGAUACUGAUUCAUUUUACAGUGGUUUUGCAGUAGCCUGUUUUGUUCCUGUGUUUUUCCCUGCUGCGUUUUUUCUGUCUCUAUUUUAUUUUACUGCUAAAUAUAUCAGGAGAAUAAUCGCAAAAUGCUGGACAUUGUAUAUGUAUACAAUGCAUCAAAUCGGUUGUGAGAUGAGCCUGCGUUUUAUUCUCUUUACUUGCUCCACUUGGGAGACAAAAUGCACCUUAUGUUGUUUACAAUAAGGGCAUCAGGGAAUGUAUAAUAAAGACAUGUUGUACUGUAAAGUUAAGCCUUUUAGCUUUUAAAAUGUUUGUUUGCUAUGAUAAGCAAAUGAAGUUGUCUAAUAGAUAUUUCUUCUUAAUGCCACCAUAGUCCAAAUAGCUUUUUCACAAAUAUACUGUGUUGUAGAGUUCAUCUAAGCCAGCCACCAGAACUUUUCUUCUGUGGAAGAGCAAGAUUUUAAGUCAUGUGUCUUCAAUCUGUUUAUCAUAGUAAUAUUAACAUUUGUAAAUUCUCAAAAUCUAACAUAGUGUAUAAGGUUUAAUUAGCAUACCUGCUAACAUAAAGAGCUGAAUGGGUUGAAAAGUAACCUUAAAUAGAUUUUGUUUUUAUAUUUCGUAUUUCAGCAUUGAGUUGAAAGACUGAAAAUGUUCUUUUUUAAAAAAACAAACAAACAAAACUUUGAACUUUAAAGGUAUGAAAAUCAUGUAUUAGAGGACUGUUGUUGACUUUCAUGAUUGAGUCAAUGGCCAGGUAUAUUGAUGCUGUAAAAUGGGGACCAUUUAAAAUGAGAAAACACACUGUGAACUUCAAAACAUAUAACAGAAUUAAAAUAUAACUGGUAGGACCAUUUCAGUUGCUGUCUGCGCUAAUGUAGUGCUAUGGACUAAUUACAGCCUGUUGUCCUCGGUUCUUUGGUUUACUUUAUGCACAGUGUGAGACAUGCACUUUCUGUUAUUAAGGCAAAAGGAAAUUAAAGUGUUACUGUAAAUUAAUCCUGGAACUGAAUUGAGCCAAUGCCAUAGAUCACAGAUUUGAGUUAAGAUAAGAUCAAAUAAAACUCAGUUAAAAAUG